AUGCAGGAACACUACAUUGGAAUCGACGUGGGGACCGGCUCUGCUCGCGCUUGUAUCAUCGACUCAACGGGCGAUAUCAAGGCACUCGCGUCCGAGAACAUCAAGCUCUGGCAGCCCACAGCUGGCCUUCACGGCACCCAUUACGAGCAAUCCACCUCAGAUAUCUGGCGAUGCAUCUGUAUCUGUGUAAAGAAGGUGGUGGCAGAGUCCAAGGUAGACCCGACGAGCAUCCGCGGGCUCGGCUUCGAUGCGACUUGCUCCCUUGCUGUCUUCUCUCACGACACCGACGAGCCCAUCCCGGUCACUGGACCCGAUUUCAAGAAUGACGGCAACGACAGAAAUGUCAUCCUCUGGCUGGACCACCGACCUCUUGCCGAAACGGAGAAGAUCAACUCGACGAAACACAACCUCCUACGAUACGUCGGCGGUACCAUGAGCGUCGAGAUGGAGAUCCCCAAGGUUCUAUGGCUGAAGAACAACAUGCCCCCAGACCUGUUCGACCGCUGCAAGUUCUACGACUUGGCGGAUGCGCUGACGCACAUUGCAACGGGCAGCGAGACUAGAAGCUUCUGCAGCACCGUUUGUAAGCAAGGCUUCGUCCCGGUCGGCGUAGACGGCAGCGUCAAGGGGUGGCAGGAGGAUUUCUACCACACCAUUGGGCUUGGCGACCUUGUUAAGGACAACUUUAAACGAAUGGGAGGAGUCGACGGGGUGAACGGUACCUACAAGAGCGCCGGCGAGCUCGUUGGGCCCCUGUCCGAGAAGUCCAGCAAGGAGCUCGGUCUUCCCGCCGGCAUCGCCGUUGGAAGUGGUGUGAUCGACGCCUAUGCGGGCUGGGUUGGGACGGUCGGGGCUAAAGUAGCCCUGAGCGCAGAUGAUCUUGACGAUUCGGUUGCUUCGAACGAUGUCUCCCAGGCCUUUACCCGACUGGCUUCGGUUGCCGGUACGUCGACAUGCCACCUCGCCAUGUCGAAAGACGCGGUAUUUGUGCCCGGCGUAUGGGGCCCGUACAGAGACGUCCUGAUGCCUGAUUUCUGGAUGGCUGAAGGGGGCCAGUCGGCUACGGGCGAGUUGAUGCGGCACAUGCUGGAAACGCACGCAGCAUACCAGGAAACGAUCAAAGAGGCCCAGGCUGCGGGGAAGAACAUAUAUGACUUCCUGAACGAUCACCUACGCGCCCUUGCCAAGGCGAACAAGUCGCCCUCGAUCGCAUACCUGGUCCGCCAUUUCUUCUUUUACGGUGACCUCUGGGGAAACCGGUCACCAAUCGCGGAUCCGAAUAUGAAAGGAGCCGUGGUAGGACUCAGUAGCGACAAGACCAAGGACGGCAUGGCGUUGCUGUACUACGUGACGAUGGAGUUCAUCGCGCUGCAGACGAGGCAGAUCGUCGAGACGAUGAACAAGGCCGGACACUCGAUCCUGAGCAUCUUCAUGUCCGGCAGCCAGUGCCAGAACGAGAUCCUGAUGGAUCUCAUCGCCACGGCCUGCGACAUGCCGGUUCUCAUCCCGCGAUAUGUCCACGCUGCUGUGGUGCACGGAGCCGCCAUGCUCGGCGCAAAGGCAGCCAGCGCGCGCGAGGAUGGCUCGACGGAGCCGCUGUGGGACAUCAUGGACCGCAUGAGCAAGCCAGGCAGGGUUGUCAGAUCAAGCGCUACUCCUGGAGAGAAGAAGUUACUCGACACGAAGUACGAGGUCUUCUUGGACCAGUGUCGAACCCAGCGGGAGUACAGAAACAAGGUUGAUGCGGCUAUCAAGGAGAUGUCUGUCUUUGGCAAACCAUUAGGCGGCGGGAGCCUAUUUGGUGCUUCGACUGGCACACAGGGAGCCACCCCUACUUUGGGCGGAAGCGGUGCCUUUGGAUCUCAAAACACGACAGCACAGCCGACCUUGGGUCAACAGCCGUCGGGCGGCGGCAUCUUUGGCUCUACUGGCAACCAGCAGACGGCCGGAAGCACGACGAACCAGCCCCAAGCGACCGGCUCUCUUUUCGGCGGCUCACUUGCCCAGCAGCCCAAGCCGUCUCUGUUCGGGGGCAGCUUGAAUACCGGCCAAGCACCUGCUGCCGGCAGCCUGUUUGGAGCCACAAACCCUCGACCUUUUCAGCCGACGGCCUCGCAACCUCAAACGAACAUGGCCGCAUCCACAUCGACCCCUGCACCUGCUGGAGGCAGUGUCUUCGGCACCUUCCAGCCCACCACCCUUGGCUUGAAUCAGCCCCUGGCUCAGAGCCAGGCGCAGGGCCAAGCCCAACCGAGCGGCGCCUACUUCGACAGCCUCUUAGCUAAGAGCAGGAAACAAGCCGAGGGGGAGUCGCCACUGGGGGAGCUUCCCGGCCUACAACUGGGCCUCGGGGAUCUUCGCCAGAGGCUCAAGAAGCUUGGUCCUCGCGGCCAUGAUCGCCCGCUCGAUGGCAAGGCCCACUACCUACUCGCCGCUUCCGGCGUUGACCCCGGAGCAGCCGUGAAGGAUCUAGGCUCGCUCGGGAUACAUGGACGGACAGAGCGCCCCUCGCAAGGAUUGGGGACCUCGGAGCUUGACAUUGAGACAUAUCUCUCGAACCUUCAGACCAAGACGACAUUGAGUAUGAUCGCCGAUGGUCUCGAAAGAUCCGUGCGGGACUUCGACGCGUUCUUAGAAGACAAUGUCACCAUGGAGUGGGAGGCUCAGCGGAAGCGUGUCUACCAACAUUUCGGAAUCAAGCCAAGGGAGGAGACAUCUGGCGUGCCUUCGGGUAGCACUCCCGGAAGAGAGUCCCAGGGAGGGUUUGGACGCUCGCGUCGUAAAUCUACCCAGCCAACAUCUGGCGCUCGAUCUACGCAGAAGGCCAGCACGUUUGGAAGAUCAUCCAUGCACAAAUCUGUCAUUGGAACCCCUAGUAGGAUUGGGCAGCAUGCUCCCGAGUUCUCCGAUGUCGAGGGCGGGACAGGCCCUGCCGGGUCUAUCAGUGGUGCUGGAUCCAUGGACGAUCGUUUUGUGCGUGAGAAGCAGGGAAGAUUGGCUGAGAAGAUCCAUGCCCUCAACGACGCCCGGCAGUCGUCGCAGCCAACAUAUCUCUUCCGCGACCUUGCAGACCUCGCAGACAAGUCCGGAGACCCACAUGCGCCUCAUGUUGUCGAUGCCUAUCGUGCGAUGAUGGAGAUUGUAGGGGAGAACCCGGAGAAAGACGAGGUGCCGCGAGAGCGACAGUAUGCCAAGAUGUACUUGGAUCCCAGUGCGCAGUCCGCCAAUGCUAUAAACAUGCGGAAGCAGAUCCUGAGUGGCGCGAACCGGUUCUUGGAGAGGCAGUUCUUCAAGGAGAUCGACUCGCUCAUCGCCAAGUACCCCCAAGAUGCCAACCUUGGCGGUCGUCCUGACGUGGUCAGCAAGAUCAAGGCUUACGUCCGCCUUCGCAUAGCCCGAAAGACGCUUGUCCCGGACAACACGGAGGGACUGCAGAUGGUGAAUGAAGAAUACGUUUGGGCCAUCGUGUUCUACCUUCUGAGGUCCGGCCACGUUAACGAGGCGGCACAAUAUGUCAACAACAUACAGAACCACUUCCGGAGCAUCGAUCGGACUUUCCCCGGCUACAUUAACAGCUAUGCCUCAACCGAGGAGCGUCGGCUCAAGAGGCAGAUGCAGGAACGGUGCAACAACGAAUACGCACAGCGUGUUCGUAACGCGCCAGACAACUCGAUGGAUCCUUUCCGCAUGGCCUGUUACAAGAUCAUAGGUCGCUGCGAAGUCAACAACCGCAGCCUGGAAGGGCUACACACGGAUGUCAAUGAUUGGAUCUGGCUGCAAUUCAAUCUGGCCCGAGAAGGAGACAAGUCGUCCGAACUUGCCAGCGAGAUGUAUGGCCUCAACGAGUUACAGGCGAGCAUCAGGGAAAUCGGCCUGAAGCACUUCCCCAAGACCACCACAGCGGAAGACAGCAGCGGCAGCUUUGGGAUGUUCUUCUACCUCCAGAUAUUGUCGGGCAUGUUUGAGCAGGCUAUUGCAUAUAUGUAUCCGUUUUCAUACGUGGAUGCCGUCCAUUUCGCGAUUGCCCUAGAAUACUACGGGUUGCUUCGGCCUGCGGACGCGGUCACGUCUGGAAACGACCUUCUUAGCCACAACACGCGGGGCCUGCCACAGAUCAACUUUGGCCGGAUGCUGGGCUACUACACCCGAGACUUCAGGGCUGCCGAUGUCGGGGCCGCGGUGGACUAUCUGAUCCUUAUCUGCCUGAAUGCCGAUGACAAUACGGGCCAUCAACACGCAGCGCUCUGCCACGAGGCGUUGCGGGAGCUAGUCCUCGAGAGCAGGGAAUUCAGCAAGCUGGGCAUUAUCGAGGAGCGUAGCUCCUUGAUUGCCCUCGGGGAAGAGCAGGACUUCGCCGAUGACAACGGACGGACUACGGAUGCGGUUCUCCUCUACCACCUCGCCGGGGAUUACGACACCGUGGUGUCCAUCGUCAGCCGCGCCCUCAGCGAAGCCGUAUCCCUGGAGAUUGGAGAGGAUCCUAUACGCCUCAUGCCGCAGGAUCCGGUCGAGUUGGCAAAGACGAUGAUGACCAUGUAUGAAAGGGAUUACAUGUUCUGGCAGAAGAUCCGGGAGCCCAAUCGCGUCGCGUGCAGCGUAUUGUUACAGAUGAGCGAGAUCAAGGGCCUUGUCGAGGCGGGCAGGUGGCCUCAAUGCCUGGAUAGAAUCCGAGCCCUCGAGAUCCUUCCACUCAGCGCCAAGGGCGACCCGAGCAUCAUCCGCAGCUAUGCGUCCAAAUUCCCAAGCCUGUCUCAGCCGGUUGCCAUCAACGUGCCAAACCUCCUGAUGUGGACAAUCAUCUGCUGCUCUAAGCAGCGGGAGCGGCUCAUGAAUGGCCAAUUCAGCGGCAACGAGUCGACCGCUCGCAUGCUGGUAGACGAGUUGAAGCAGAUGAGCGUUGACCUGACGACAUACACGAGCCAGCUGAGAUAUCGGUUCCCACCCCACCUACACGAGGCACUUGCUAGAGCCUCGGCGGACUAG